GCCUGCCCCACCAGCUCUCUGGUCAAAGCCAGACCCUCGUUGCUUGUGAUUUGUGGCCCAAGUAACAAUGGAGGAGAUGGCCUGGUCUGUGCCAGACAUCUCAAAUUCUUUGUGAGUGUCUCAUCCUUCUCAUCCAAUAUGUUUCUGAAAAUCAAGGCAUGCAGUAGAGAUUAGAGAAUUGGUUCAUGUUAUAAUGAACCAAUUCUUCUUAAAGGCAUCUAUUGCUUUUGGAAUCAAUGCUGUGCUUUUUCUGUAAUAGUGACUGUCAAAUAGGCCAAUUAGUAUUUAUUACUAAGUAACAUACCUACAGUCUGUGGUUCUGAGUGUAUACUGACUAUGCUUUGUACCUACUAUUCUGUACCCAAAGAGGCCAAAUAAACCAUUGUUCCAGGGCCUGACCACCCAGUGUGAGAAGAUAGACAUCCCUUUCUUGACUGAGAUGCCUGAGGUAGUACUGGGCCAUGGCUCCUGUGUUAAUCUCACAGCAGUCUAUUUGGUUGUUAGGUGUGUGUCCUGACUCCUGGGCUACCUCACAUGAGUUUAUCUGUGAGUGCCAGUGUUGUUGUAUGCAAGGUUGUUUACAUUUUACAUUUUACAUUUUAGUCAUUUAGCAGACGCUCUUAUCCAGAGCGACUUACAGGAGCAAUUAGGGUUAAGUGCCUUGCUUAAGGGCACAGACAGAUUUUUCACCUAGUCAGCUCGGGGAUUAGAACCAGCGACCUUUCGGUUACUGGCACAACGCUCUUACCCACUAAGCUACCUGCCGCCCCGGUUGUUGAUGUAGUUAUCUCGGAGUGUGUGUAUAUGUGAUGCUGUGCAGGUUGUGUUAAUGCUGACAGUGACAGAGAUGCUUCUCUUAGGCAAUGGUGAUUGACGAGGCUUACAACCUGGUGAUAGACGCCAUCUUUGGCUUUAGCUUCAAGGGUGCAGUUCGGGAGCAUUUUGACUCCAUCCUGGACGUGCUGAAGAAGACCCAUAGUUAGUACCGACAUCCCCUCAGGUGGGUGGGCACCUAACUCACUUCAAACUAAAAUCUAGAGGGCAGAUAUUGGUGUUUUUCACUGAUAAACUAGUUGAGUAAAAAGAUCCAGUCUAUGCUAUAUCUCAAUCGCAAAAGGUACUGUCCUUGGCUUGAUAAAAACAACAUUUUGGGCAGUAUUUUGUUCAGAAAUCAUAAGGAAUGUUAUUUGUUGAAUCCAUAGGUUCAAUACAGUGUGCCUUAAGUCUAUUAGCUGGCCCAAAAUGUUUCUAUUUGUGAUAGUGAUAUCCUCACAUAAUGUAUGUCUUCUUCAGGUUGGGAUGUGGAGCAGGGCAGCACAGAUGGACUCCAGCCAGACAUGCUCAUGUCCCUGACUGCCCCUAAGAAGUCAGCAACACACUUCCAUAUUGACGCUACCGCUAUCUGGGGGGACGUUUUGUGCCUCUUGCCAUGGAUAAGAAGCACCAGCUCAACCUACCUC